AUGGAAACUCAUCAGCGGCAGCAUCCUCCAGUUAGUCCACCCCGUCGUCUGGACAGCUAAGAUAAAUUUGUAUAUAAAAACAUCUCUUCAAAAUGGCGAUCGGGCGUCAAAUGCUUUCCUUGGCGCUCUUCUCGUGGCUGUGCAACAGUACAGCUUCUGCUGUUAUUCUCAGAACAACUGAAAAAUCAGUAUGGACAAAUGAAUUUGAGUCGAUUGAGUUGACCUGCUUGAUAGAGUCCAUUUCUACGAACAAUCCCAGAAUUGAAUGGAAGAAAAUUAAAAAUGGUGUACCCAGCUAUGUCUAUUUCCAAAAUAAAAUUUCAGGUGACUUGGAGCACAGGGCUUUGCUGAGAGAGCCUGCAAACCUUCUGAUCCUGAACGCCAGCAGAUCGGACACGGCUCAGUAUCGCUGUGAGGUGGCGGCCAUCGACGACCAGAAGCCCUUUGAUGAAAUACUAAUCAGUCUCGCUGUAAGAGUGAAGCCGGUGAUGCCCAGGUGUAGUGUGCCGGAGGCGGUUACGGUGGGUUCAAGCACUGAACUGCGCUGUAUUGAGAACGAAGGCUUUCCACAGUCACAGUAUCAGUGGUUCAAAAACAACGAAGAGCUGCCAGAAGACCCAAGAACCAGCAGCAAGUUCUACAAUUCUUCAUACACCAUGAACACUGAGACUGGUUCGCUGAAAUUGCGGUCGGUGAAGAAAGAGGAUGCAGGUGAAUACUAUUGCCAGGCCAGAAACGAGGCAGGAUGGUCAAAAUGCAGUCCUCAGAUCAUGGAAGUGUAUGAUCUGGACAUUGUUGGAAUAUUCCUGAAGGUUUUAGGUGGAGUGGCAGCGUUUAUAUUUGUCAUUGUGGGGAUCUGUCAGAUUCAGAAAAGCGGCUACUGUUCCUGCAAAGACCACAGGGAAACCGAUUACAAAGUACCCCAACAUGACAACAGGAUGGACUACACCAGUCCAGAUGAGGGGCAUUUCCGCCACAAGUCCUCCUUUGUCAUUUAAAAUUAAAAAGGAAAAGGAGACGAGCACUUAAGCUGUGUGAAGGCCUUGCGAGCUGACUUCUGAACUGUCAAAUUGUGGAUUUUACGCAGAGGUGCGACUUGAGCGUCAUGGCUUGCCAAAGUUAUUACAGAAAGGAAAACUACUGUGUUAAACAGGGAAUUUUUACUCCCCUUAUUUUGAUUUCAAACAAACACAGGUUUACUUAAACCUCCACAGUUUAUAUAUAAAAGUGACAUUCAGUCGAACAAAACUACGAUUUAUCGCUAUUACAUGCAUCUUGUUCAGUAACAAAUCAUUGUUUCAGCAAAUUGAAAAGGACUGAACUUAAGAAGUAACAUAAAAGAUGUUUUAUUUUUUCCAAUUAAUUGUGAAUUUCUGAAGAUCAGUUGCUGUUCAAAUUAUAGCUAGGUUGCAACUGCAUCCAGGUGCUGCUGUAUUUUUGCCCUAAAGUAGUCAACACAUAAUACCAGUGCAAGAAUUGACAUGUCUUCAAGGUAAAUAUUAUAUUUCCCGCUGGAAUUAUAAUGUGUGACUAUUCUGUCAGUGUAAAUGUGUACAAUGCCAUGCCAAGACUGUUUUAUCUGGGUCACUUUUGAGAAGAGGAUUUUAUGUGUUAGUGUUUCAGUAGUAGUUAUUGAGUUGAUGCACUAUACAUUUGUAGCCUUUUAGUUUGAGAUUCAAUCUCCGUAAAGUCAGUAGACUUGGUUGUGCAAGAUGAUUAAUUUACUUAGUUUCGUUUUUGAAAUAUCCCUCUAGAUACAGAUCACGCACUUGUGGGUUUUUCAGAGUGCCAUUUCUGUGUUUAAGUGACCUUCAAUGCUUUCUAAUUGUUUUAUACGUUUUGGACAUAUUGUCCAGGUUUUUUCACUCUGUGUUAUUGUUUUAAUCUGUUUAUAAUGUCUAGGUAUAUUGUAGUUCACUCCAGAGUAGUAGUUAGACUGUGGGCCGUGUCACAAGAAUAAAACUGAUUAUGUGGAAGCAAUCAACAUUGUCUAUCCUUUCAUUUUAUUUUUAAAACAUCUAGCUGUAUAUGUAAUUGGACCAUUAAAUUGACUUUUUUCGAACUUAUGAGUAACUUGAGGCACUAUGACAAUAUAUAUUAGUCUUCCUCAUGACAUGUCCCACUGUCUAAAAACAGUCUGGCAGACUGUUUAUAGAAAAGCAAAUGAAAAAGAGAAACUGGGUUUGAUCUUAAAGGGAUUGUUCACCCAAAAAUGAAAAUGUGAUGUUUAUCUGCUUACCCCCAGGGAAUCCAAGAUGAAGUUGACUUUGUUUCUUCAGCAGAACACAAACCAAGAUUUUAGCUCAAACCAAUGCAGUUUAUCAGUUUUAUAAUGUAAGUGAAUGGGAAUCGAUCGAUUUGUGUCUUUACACAUCUUGUUAGUUUUAUUGUAUGUUUAGGCGGUGAUUCCCAUUCCCUUCAAUUAUAUGACUGACAGACUGCAAUGGUUUGAGUUAAAAAAUCGCCGUUUGUGUUCUACUUAAGAAACAAAGUCACAUAGAUCUUGGAUUCCUUGGGGGUAAGCAGAUAAACAUCAAAUUUAAAUUUUUUGGGUGAACUAUCCCUAAAAUUGUCUGAUUUAAUGAAUAGGCAAAUCUAAUAGAUAUACCUAAGUAAAAUUUAAAUGUGCUCUCAGACUGGGGCCAGAUACUGUAUAAUCCAAAAUGUAAACAAAUGUAAAAACAGUAUCUCUUAUCAAACUAUUCAAAGUGUUUGAUGGCAAAACAUUUUAUUGUACCUUUUUGUUUAAGGCUCAGAUUUUAGCAGAUUCAUUAUAUUGACUGCCAGCCAGUCAGUGGACAAAGAGAAGCUAAAUUUGGUGUAAUUAAGCAGUUAUUAAUAAACUCACACUCUUAAAAAUAAAGGUAUUAUAUGUCGUUCCAUGAAGAACCUGUAACAUCCAUGGAACCUUUUCCUUCCACAAAUGGUUCUUUCUACACUAAGAAAAAAAAUAUUUUAAGAAGCUGAAAGGUUCUUUGGGGUCCAUAAUAGUUUCUUACUGGCAUCACUAAAAAAUAAUAGUUUCUUACUGGCCACAAUAUAUUCAAACAAUUCUGUAUUUUACUUUAUAAUGUAACAAAUACUUUAUGAAAUUACCUUACAUUCCAGCUAUGGUUAAAUGUUGAAUGUAUAUCCUUCAUUUUUAAAGUUACACUGCAAAAAAAAUUAUCCAAUCAAUAUUCAUUUUCUUGACAAAAUGUUAUUUUUUUUGUUUUUGUUUUAAGCAUAACCUAACACAAUUUAGUGAAGUUUAUUCAUAAAAUAUGUGUAAGAAAAAUUAACAAUUCAAGACGUCUUACACAAGGAUGUAAAUGUGUCUUGUUUUAUGAAUGUUUCGAUAUAUUUUAUUGUAAAACAAGAAAAAUAUUGAUUGAGAAUUUUUUUACAGUAUAUGUUAUUAUAAGGAAAUGUGUCACAUGUUAAACAGUUGUCCAACUAUUUUUUUAUUAUCUUUAAUGUGUGGUUUGUGUGAUGUGAAAUCAAAAUAUUAUUAGAGAUGAAAUCUGAAUAGCAUUACCACCAAGCUGUUUAAUUCUUUACACCUCUACACUAUUGUACCCUCAAUAAAUAAUCCAUUACAGUAUGCUAAAAUUAUAAUAUUCUCAGGUACAGUUAAAAUAAGUGACCAUGUAUGUGUACAGUAAAUGUGAUCAUGUAAUCGGUUUUCUUUUACCGUUGUUAUUUAAUAAUAAAGAAAUUCUUCUAUUAAA